CCCUAAAAAGUACAUUACCGAUCUCUCUCUCUCUCACAACGAGUUCAGCAGCGCAGCAAUGGCGUCGAUCCGAACGGGCGGAGGGGCUCGAGCGCCGGGGAAGCGACCCCCAAAGCACGCGAGCUCCUCUUCGACCUUGUCGCCUCCUCGGCCCUCCUGCGAUAAUGCCAAUGGCGAAGAAGGCGGCGCGAAUGUCGACCGGGUCCUCUUUAAGAACCUCGUCGACAUGGUCCCCCUGGUCGAGUCGCUCAUGGAUCGGAAGCCGAAUCCUUCGUUUAGACGGCGGGCGUCAGUGGUGUACACGCCCACUCCUCAGCCGAGAAAGGUUGUUGAUCAAAACGGAAAGGUAAAUGCUCAGCCACAUUCAACUAAAAAACAAAUUGAUCGUGGAGAUGAUGUUGCAAAUAAGGAACCGGAUAAACUAGAUGCUAUUUCUGGUUUAUCAAGUUUUUCAUCAACCUCAUUGUUGUCUGAAGAACUCGUUAAGAAUGGCGAAGAGUUAAAAAUGUUGAGGGAACAAUUUGAAGAACUUCAGAAAAAAUUUCUGGAAAAAGAUGAAGCUUUAAGAGCUUUAAAGGACACAAUAGCCGAAAUGAAUGGAGUUAAUGAAACACUUAGGGAAUUGAAGCAGCAAAGUAUGGAGAAAGAUUCUUUGAUGACAAAUACAAAUCUGCAGCUAACUAAUACGGAGAUUAAGCUUGAAGAAAGGCAAGCUGCUCUGGAGAAAUUAGAGUUGGAAGUGACAGAAUCAAACAGUAAAAUAGAGGAACUUCAGGGAGUUCUGGAUUCCACUAAUUUUGAGAUCACUGCAUUUCUUAAAUUCUUUAAUGAACUAUCAAAGAUAUGUCUCGAUGCUGCUUCUGAUGCAAGUGCAACCUUUGGAAGUGUGGAUCAUCUUCCACAUAUAGAUGACAUUGAUGAACUUGAUAUCCACGAGAUGGAAGAGGCAAGACUCACCUACAUUGCAGCUGUUGCUACUGCAAAAGAAAACCCCAGUGAAGAGUCUUUAGCAGCGGCCGCUGAGGCAAGGUUCCAACUUCAAUCUCUUGUUAUGAACUGCCACUAAGAACUGCAAUGGCAUUCAUCUCCUUUGUUCAAAUCAAUAGCUUUUCAUCUGUUUUUGAAGGGAUUCUGAUGGAAUUCUGUGUUUGAGUGUUAUUAAAAAGUCUUGUAUGAAGCAUGAAUAUCAUCAAGGACCUCUCUUAUGUGCUAGUCACUAUUCCAAAGGAUAGUAGUCGCCCGUGAUUUACCUCCUUUGUGUUGGUCCUGGGACGAGUUGGUCGGGGCGCUCGAGGCAAACGUAUUCACCUUUUACCUCCAUGAAUAUGAUCAAGGAGUUUAAAUAAUGACUUUGAUAGUUAAAAAAAUUCAAAUAUUUGAAAAGAGUCAUAUUUUCAAAA